AUGGAGAAGAGAAAAAGAAUAGACUCGCCCCAGAAGGCUAGGGUAAAGCCGAACAAGAGUAAGACUAAGUAUUUCUUCCAACCUGUGAACAAAUUGUCGGCGCCAGCAUUGCAAGAGCAAGAAAAGAAGCGAGAGAAAGAGGUUCCCAUACCGAACCGCUCGCUUUACCAGGACGAUGAGGAUGAAGAGCAAGAACAACAGGUGUUCUAUGAGCAGGAAGUACAUGAAACUCCCACAAAGAAUAUAGAUUAUGAGAAACUCAUCAGGGAGCAGCAAUCUUCGGACGAUAGUUUUGAUGGUGUAAGGUGGGGAGGGUCUCCAAGAAAAGAACACCAGCAACAGGGCAAGCGAAAGUCAAAUGUAGGCAAUUCAUCAUCACCCUUGAGGAACGUCACUUCGCCAAUACUCAAUGAAGAGAAUAAGUUCUCUUCCGCAACUUUGCUCAAUGAGCAAGUUAACUCCGUGCUAAACAAAUAUGGUACUGGAUUCCAUAAUAUCUUGUCACAGACACCGACUUUGACUAGAACUCGUAGUGAUUCUUCCGAAUCGAAAAGUAAAAGGCUAGUAAGGCAGCCACUCCCACCAUUGCAGCUGCUGCCUCGGGGCGACAAAUCUCCAACUUUGAAAAGAUCGAAAACUGUAGGAUUGGUUGAAAUGAGUACAUUCAGCAAGCCUGUGCUGAUGACCAAAAGAGAUGACAAGCUGGAAGCAUCUAAGUCUUCUUUGAAAGGCUGGUUAAGCAAGUUCGAAGUGGACAAAAAGGCGACUAAUGAAAAGAUGGUCAUUGGUACACAAGAAUUAGUAGACGAUAUUGAAUUUGAGGAUGAUUUCAGUGACUCGCUCUUAGAGGAAGAGAAGGUUGGCGAAAAGAUAGCUACAGGAGUCAAUGAUAUCGCUAGUGUAAUAGACAAUAAGCCAUUGAACUCUCUUGAAGGUGCUCAGAAUAGUGUUCCAUUUAAUGCUUUCAGCAGCCAAGCCAUUCUUGUUGAUGAUGACGACAUGUCUUUCUCGUCUUCCUCCGACAGCGAAGCUGAACAAGUAGUAGGAAAAGUUGAAGAUGACGAUGAUGACGAUGAUGAUGAUGAUGCUGAUAGAUCCUCUGAUCCAUUUUCAGAUGAUGAAGAUGUGAAUUUGAUUAUACCACCUCAGGCCAAGCAAAAAGACUCCUCAUCAGAUCUGCUACAAGGGGGUGUCAAAAAUUUGGAAAACCUCCAUUUAUUGACGCCAUUCUCCAAUACUUCCUUCCAAUCUGACUCUUUGACUGAGAAUAAAUCCAAAUUAUCUUACAGUAGGCUGGACCUCAAGAGAUUUCAAAUUCAAAAGCUAAUAAGAAAUAAAUUCAAAAUCCAAAACAAAAUCAGAGAUCAAAUCAUACUCACGGUACGUGAUGGUGAUAAUUCAGUACUGAACAUUAUGGUUAGGGGUGAAUACACAGAAUUGGAUUUCCAAAUCGGCGACGUGAUACACAUCAUAUGCACUAAUAAAGAAAAGGAGAACAGUCAUAAACUUAUUGACGAUCAGACUAACUUAUUGAUUUGGAAUCCUGACAUUCUUGUCUCCGCGACAACGGUAUCUCAGCAAAUGUCUUGUCCAAGAAAGACAGUCCUUGUAAAUAGAUUGAGGUACCCAGGAGUCAGCUCGAUUCCAUUACUAGUGGGAACGAUCAUUCACGUUAUUUUUCAGGAAUGUCUCGCUAAAGAAAGUUGGUCAGAUGCUUUCAUGGACGAAGUUUUAGAAAGAGAAUUAGAAUUCCACUUAUUGGAAAUCUUCAGCAUUGGAAAUGAGUUGGAGAAGGUCAGGCUGGAAUUAAAGGCUCAAUUUCCUUACUUGAAAACCUGGUUCGAUGCUUAUUUCAAAAAGCCAUUGCUGAUCAAGAAUAGUAUUCCGACCAACCAAAGAAAUCAGCAGGCUUUGUUUUCUGUUAAUAAUGUACUUGACGUGGAGGAAAACAUUUGGUCUCCGAUGUUUGGAAUAAAAGGAAUGGUCGAUGUCACUUUAGAAGGCUCUGUGAAAAGAUCCACAAAUGGAGCCAAACCUGGUAAAUAUCUUAUUCCUAUGGAAAUUAAAAGUGGAAGAGAACAUCUCUCGCAUCAUGCACAAUCUUCUCUCUAUGCUUUGUUAUUCAAGGACAGAUAUGACAUUGAUGUAAAAUCAUUUUUAUUGUUAUACACGAAAGAAAAAUUACUAAAGCUUAACGAUAUUAGCCAAUCUGACCUUAAGUCAUUGAUCAAUUUAAGGAAUAGAAUCACUAAAUAUUUAAAGGAUGAUACGAGGGAAUUGCCUGAAAUAAUCAGGCAAUCUAUCUGUGAUAGAUGUGAUGUUCAAAAAUCAUGCAUGACUAUUAACAAAUUAGUUGAAGACGGUGAUCAGGAGGGAAGUGGGUUACCUGACGGCAUAUACGAUGACCUAACUUCACAUUUAGAUGGAGAAAGAAAACUCCAUUAUAGAAAAUUCUACAACUAUUGGGAUGAUUUAUUAACAAAGGAAGAGAGUGUAAUAACAAUGUUAAAAAAAGAUCUCUGGACAUUUACGGCAAAGGAAAGAGAAGAACAAGGAGGAAAAGCUUUGGCUGAUUUAAUAAUAACUGAGAAGGAUGAUGAAGAUGAUUCGAAAAGAUUUACAUAUACCUUUGAAAGAAAAUCUGAAGAAGGAAGAGACUCAUUGCAAUUUUCUCAAUUGGCAAAAAAUGACAGGGUAAUUAUUAGUGAUGAAAUCGGACACUUUGCAAUUGCUCAGGGCUAUAUUGUGUCUAUUCGGUCGACUUAUAUAGUUGUUUCUUGUGAAAGGAGAAUAAUGACUUCAAGUCUGAAAACAGAAAGCUUCAACGACAAUGACCAUCAGACUUUCCAAGGGGUACUCCAUAAAACUCAACAAAGUGCUGAAGUCGUUUCUUCGUCAUCCAAGAGAUCCUUCAGAAUAGACAAAGAUGAUAUGUUUCAUGGAAUGGGUUUGGCAAGGUAUAACAUUCUUAAUUUGUUCAUGAGAGGAGGAGAUGAGCUUAGAAGAGAGGUUGUUGUAAAUUUGAGGGAACCAAGAUUUUCACAAGUUAAAAAGAACCAUUUCAUAGACAAAGAUGGGCACUUUAACCCGGAUCAGAUUAACGCAUUCAAAAAAGUCCUUUCCGCCGAAGACUACUGUAUGAUUCUUGGAAUGCCUGGGACUGGAAAAACUACGGUGAUCGCAGAGCUAAUUCAAUUUCUAAUGCUGAAAGGUAAGACUAUAUUAUUAGCAUCGUACACUCACUCUGCGGUUGAUAAUAUCUUAAUUAAGAUGAAGGACAUUGGAUUAAGAAGCAUUGUUAGAAUUGGUCACCCUUCUAGAGUACAUAAAGAUAUUCAAGAGUUUGUCAUUGCUCCUUCAAAGAUUUCAAAUUAUAGUGAUUUCGCUGAAGCAUAUAUGGAACCUUUGGUAUUUGCGACUACCUGUUUAGGAAUUGGUGAUAUUGCAUUUAGUCUUAGAGAUCGCUUCGACUACUGUAUAAUCGACGAAGCAUCUCAAGUUUCCAUGCCAGUUAGUUUGGGACCUUUGAGAUUUUGUGAAAAAUUCGUGCUUGUUGGGGACCACCACCAGUUACCUCCAUUAGUGCAACAUUCUAGUGCAGAAGUCAAAGCCGGCUUAUCCCAAUCAUUGUUCAAGAUCUUGAGUGAUAAAUUUCCACUGCUGGUAGCUCAAUUAACGUAUCAAUAUAGGAUGUGCGAAGAAAUAAUGCAAAUUUCUAAUAUCUUGACUUAUGAUGGAAGAUUGAAAUGUGGUAAUCAUAAUGUUGCUAAGCAGAGUUUACAUGUUCCUUCACCAGAAAAGAUUGAUAUGUACGUUGACCAACCAAUAGAGCAUCGUCUGAAAUUAUGGAUGGACAAAAUACUCAAUCCUAAAAAUAAAGUUAUCUUUUUAAAUCAUGACAAUUUGCCUGGUUAUGAACGUAUUGUCGGUGAAAAGGUUGAAAAUCCUACUGAGGUUGAGUUGAUUUAUCAUAUUAUUGAGUCUUUGACUGUUUGUGGCGUUGAGGAAAGCAAAAUUGGUGUAAUGUCUCUAUAUAGAGCUCAGUUAAGAUUGCUAAAUCGUACACUAUUUCAUAAACCAAAUGUUGAGGUUUUGACUGCAGAUCAAUUCCAAGGAAAGGAUAAAGACUGUAUAAUUAUUUCAUUGGUUAGAUCGAACAAAGAAGACAAGGUUGGAGAUUUAUUAAAAGAAUGGAGAAGAAUUAACGUUGCUAUCACAAGAUCAAAAUCAAAAUUGAUUGUUCUUGGGAGUAAGUCGACCUUAAAAAACAGUGAGACCUUAGAUCUGUUCAUGGAAAUACUAGAGUCAAAUGGUUGGAUGUAUGAUUUAGAAGUUGGGGCAAUGGAUGUUUAUAAAUUCUCAGUCAGAGAAAACCAAAGUCCGGAGAAGAAAAGAACACUGACAAGUGUAACUAGAAUUAGUGAUAAACUUAUUCGAAAUCACCCAGUGUUACAGGAUAUUGUAAAUGACAACAAAAUAUAG